AUGCACAUAUUCCCCGAGCGUACAUCCCUGGACGGGCUGGGGAGCGAAGUCUUCAAGCUUGUGUCCUACGGGGCCUCGCGCGAGCAGUGGGCAGAAUGGCUCAGGGUGCCGCUGGAACACGCCGCUUCCCGCGGCAAUCCGAACCUCGUAGAGAGGCUGCUCCAAGCAGGUGCGGACGCCGGUGCGGGAUGGCGGGGCUGCCGCGGCCGUACCCUGCUCGAUGCCGCUGCCCUCGGUGGGAAUGCUGACGUCAUGUCUGCCUUGAUUCGAGGAGGGGCAGGGGCGGAUGUAAACAAGGUGACGGUCUCGUCCCGGAGAUCGGCGCUGCAUACCGCGACGUGUUGUGGUCAUGAAGCUGCUGCGAAACGGUUGGUCCUCACUGGAGCAGACGUCAACUUUCGGGACCCCGUGGCAAAGUGCAGUGUUCUGAGCCAGGCCAUCCAAGGCAGUCACACACAGCUCGUCAAUGACCUGCCGAUAGGUGGGGCCCGCCCAAACAUCCGAGACGAUUGCGGCCUUGGCAAGACGACGUACGUGACAACGUUCAUGCUUGCUGUGAGACGGGGCCAUCUAGCAAUCGUAGAGACGCUGUUGGAGGCCGGGGCUGACUGCAGCCUUCGCCAAUGGGCGGACUAUUCGCCGCUUGACGUGGCGGCUGAGCACAGGGCACUCCCUAUCCUCGAAGCCAUCCUGGGGCGAGGAGUUGACGUGGAUGCCCAAGACCGUGCAGGUUGCACUGCCUUGCACACAGCUGUUCUUUUUAGCGACCGGGCGGGACCUGCGGUUCACAUGCUAAUCGAAGCCGGGGCAAACACCGAGCUCAAGAAUGGCGGUGGCUGGACACCUCUUCAUGCCGCCGCGGUACACCACCGGGUAAACUGCAUGGCGGCCCUGUUGCAGAACAACGCUUCCGUCAGGAACCGAUUCGACGCCACCUGAGAAACACCGUUGCAUUGG